AUGACAACAGGUAAAAAAUUCCCUACUUCUCUUGUUAGACUUACUAAUCCUACAAUUUGUGUGUCAUGUGAAGCUAAGAUUUUUGCUUAUGAAUCAAAACUCUUUUGUUGUGGUGAUGGCAUAAAUAAGAUUUCUAUGAAUGAAUAUCCUUCACAGCUUAUUGAGCUUUUUUCAAGUGAUAGUGAAACUGGAAUCCAUUUUAGAAAGUACUGUCGAUUAUACAAUAAUGUGUUUGCAUUUAAAGCUGGGAAACCAAAAUUUUUGCAAUUGUACUUUUUUGAUGGUCAGUUUGAAAAGGAACACUGCUCUGGUACCUUUCCAGAACUUAAUCCUACAAUUGUUAGUUUGCUAAUGGAGAUUAUGAAUCGUAGUCCCUACCAAAGGUUAUACAAUGCUCCAGCAUCUGAUAAACUUGCUGCAAUUUUGCUUGAUGAUUUACCAUCAAAUGAGACAAGAAGUCCAUAUAUAGCGGUUUGGUACAAAUCAUCUAUAUCCCACUGCCUACGAAAAGCUUCUUAUGAUAACAGAACAUCGAGACUCCGCAAUCAUAACCCAAUUACUCCACAUUUAGCAAACACCGCAGAAGAAUUUCUUUUGGAUGAAGCAAGCGAGAUCGACAACAAAGACUAUCAUGUCGCGAGUAUUAUGCUUAAAUUUGUGGUUGACAUGUACGUAAAGAUCGAGAACACGCACCUAGAUUUUGUGCGCAACAAUCAAGCACAACUACGUGCUGAACUGUACCAGGGGAUAAAUGACAGCGUGAACAAUGGUGAAUGUUGUGCAUAA